GGUGGGGUCCCGCGCCCACCGCUACUAGUCCCGCAGCAGCUCGCGCCGCGUUCAGCCGCUCGCGCGCUCUCUGUCUCCAUGGCGACCCGCGGCGGGGCGGCGGCCGGGAGGCCCUACGAGCUGGUGGUGUUCGGGGCCUCGGGCUUCACGGGCCACUUCGUGGCGGAGGAGGUGGCGCGGGUGGCGGCCGGGGCUGAACUGCGGGGCUCGCUGCGCUGGGCCGUGGCCGGCAGGAGCCGGGACAAGCUGCAGGGGGUGCUGGACAGGGCGGCGGAGAGGCUGGGAAAGCCAGAGCUAAAGUCAGAAGUUGGCAUAAUACUCUGUGAUGUCAGUGACCCAUCCUCCCUUGCUGAUAUGGCUAAACAGGCAGCUGUUGUUCUCAACUGUGUGGGCCCAUACAGGUUUUUUGGAGAACCUGUAGUGAAAGCUUGUGUUGAGAAUGGCACAAGUUGCGUUGACAUCAGUGGAGAACCUCAGUUUCUGGAAGGAAUGUAUCUGAAAUAUAAUGAUAAAGCUGCAGAAAAGGGGGUGUAUGUCGUUGGAAGCAGUGGCUUUGACUCUAUUCCAGCAGAUAUGGGAGUCUUAUACACCAGAGACAAUUUGAAAGGUACCCUAACUGCAGUUGAAAGUUUCUUGACUGUGAAAUCUGGACCUGAGGGUUACAGUAUCCAUGAUGGAACCUGGAAGUCAGCUAUUCAUGGCCUUGCAGAUCAAGACAAUUUGAGGAAGCUUCGAAAGCAGAUAGGACACAAACCUCUCCCAGUCAUUGGUGCAAAACUAAAAAGAAGAGGACUAGUGUUUUACAGUCAGGAAUUCAAAGAGUACUCCAUUCCAUUCAUGGGAUCAGACGUCUCUGUUGUAAAACGAACUCAACGGUACUUGCACACAGAUUUGGAAGAAACACCUGUGCAGUACGCAGCUUAUGCAACGGUGGGUGGCAUUGCAUCUGUUAUUAAGCUGAUGUUUGCUGGCCUUUUAUUUUUCCUUCUUGUGAAGUUUAGCUUUGGAAGAAAUCUCCUGACAAAAUACCCAGAACUUUUCUCUUGUGGACGUUUUACAAAGAAAGGACCAACACAAAAGCAGAUAGAUGGAUCAUCCUUUACAAUGACAUUUUUUGGUGAGGGGUACUGCGAGGGCCAAGAUCCACAACAGGGCAAACCAAAUGUAAAAAUCUGCACCCAAGUGAAAGGACCAGAUGCUGGCUAUGUUGCUACAGCAAUAGCAAUGGUUCAGGCAGGUGUAGCACUGCUAAAGGAUGCGAGUUCUCUUCCUAAACAAGGUGGUGUAUAUACUCCAGGAGCUGCUUUCUCCAAAACAAAACUGAUUGAUCGGCUGAACAAACAUGGCAUUGAGUUCUCUGUUAUUAGCAACUCAGAAGCCUGAAGUUUCAAAAUAAUUCCAAGGACAACUAUAAUUGCACAAACUAAUGUACCAGAGCUUCUUCAAAUGUAAAACCUAAUAAAAAUAUUUACAAAUGA